AUGGGAAGGCUUGUCACAGUCUCUACAUCUAAUUUGAAUAAUUGGGCUCUUGAUUGGGAGGGGAACCUGAAUCGCAUCAAGGAAGCGAUCAAGGUCGCCCAAGAAAAUGGAUCACGCUAUGUCACCACGCCGGAACUGUCAAUUCCUGGAUAUGGGUGUCUCGACCACUUUCUUGAACAAGACACAGUCACGCACAGUUGGCAAAUGCUAAACUCCCUGCUUGUUGACCGCGAACUCGAUGGCAUCAUGUACGAUGUUGGCAUGCCAGUUAGGCAUUCAGGAAAUCUUUACAACGCAAGGAUCGUUGUACUUGAUGGCAAGAUAUUGUUGAUUCGACCCAAGAUGAGCCUCGCGAUGGCUGGAAAUUAUCGAGAAGGCCGAUACUUCAUUCCCUGGUCUGGACCCCAACGCGUCGAGCAUUACGCACUACACGAGCUGCCAACUGCUGCGCGCUCUCUUCAAGAUUCAUCUUUCGUUCCAAUUGGGGACGCCAUCGUGUCUGCCCUCGAUUGCUCGAUAGGCUACGAGACCUGCGAAGAGCUAUUCACACCUCGGGCGCCACACAUCGACUUGAGCUUAGCGGGCGUUGACAUCAUCAUCAACUCGUCAGGUUCUCACCAUGAACUCCGCAAACUUAAUCAACGUUUGGACCUGAUUAGAACCGCGACAUCCAAAUGCGGGGGCGCCUACCUCUACUCUAAUCAGGCCGGAUGUGAUGGUGACCGAUUGUAUUACGAUGGAUCCAGCAUGAUUUUAGUCAAUGGCAGUGUUCGCGGGCAGGCCUCUCAAUUCUCUCUGAAUGAUGUCAAAGUUAUCCACGCAACCAUCGACUUGGAGGAAAUAUGGAGCUUCAGAACAAAUCCAUCUCGUGGCCUACAAGCUGCAUCAGCUCCUCGAUAUGAGCGCUUCAGGGCGGAUUUCCGCCUGUCGUCUGACGGAGAUUUUGAUCCCAACAUCCGCCCCACUCCAGUACAGUCGCUCCGCUACCAUCGACCUGAAGAGGAGAUCGCUCUAGGACCUGCAUGCUGGCUUUGGGAUUACCUCCGUCGGUCCGGUCAGGCUGGCUUCAUGCUGCCCCUCAGCGGAGGGAUCGAUAGCUGCGCCACCGCAACUCUGGUAUUCUCCAUGUGCCGCCUCGUGUACAAGGCUGUGCAGGACGGCAACAAGCAAGUUCUCAAGGAUGUCCGCCGCAUCGUAGGCCCUUAUCACGGCGAAGACUGGGUACCUACAAGCCCACAGCAAAUAUGCAACGGCAUUCUUCAUACCGCAUACAUGGGAAUGUCUCAGCAAUCAAGCACAGAGACCAGGAGCCGCGCUAAGAGGUUAGCGGAAGACAUUGGCUGUCACCAUGUCGAAGCGGAAAUUGAUGAUGUGUACACUAACACGAAGAACGUGUUGACGAAGGCUACGGGCUUUACGCCACGAUUCAGGGCUCAUGGCGGCUCACCUGCUGAGAACUUGGCCCUCCAAAAUAUCCAAGCGCGCACACGUCUAGUGCAAGCGUACCUUUUCGCCCAGAUGCUCCCAUUGACUAGGGGCAGGCCUAAUGGGGGUAGCCUUCUGGUCCUUGCCUCAGGAAACGUCGAUGAAUGUCUGCGCGGAUACCUCACCAAGUACGACUGCAGCAGUGCCGACCUCAACCCCAUUGGAAGUAUUUCGAAGAGCGACCUCAAGAGGUUCAUUGGUUGGGCGGAAAAGGACUUCGACCUGCCCAUUCUGAGUGAAUUCAUCGACGCAACCCCAACGGCCGAACUCGAACCACUCACAGAAGACUAUGUCCAGAGCGACGAGGUCGAUAUGGGCAUGACAUACGCAGAACUCGGAGUCUUUGGCAAAUGCCGCAAAGAGCUUAAACUUGGUCCCUACGGAACCUGGGUUCGCCUAGCACACGAAUGGUCCGACAAGUAUACUCCCGCCGAGGUCGCAGUCAAGGUCAAGCGGUUCUUCCACUACUAUGCCAUCAACCGCCACAAGAUGACGACAAUGACGCCUUCUUACCAUGCGGAGGCAUAUUCGCCAGAUGAUAACCGGUUCGACUUGAGGCCUUUCCUGUACCCGCCUUUCUAUCAGAACUGGAGCUUCAAGUGCAUUGAUGAGGAGGUGGCGAAGUGGGAGAAGAAGAAGCUGGAAAAGGAGAAGCUGGAGAAGGCUUGA